GGAGCAAAUUUCUUAUUGGGAUGGAAGAGGGUGAGAGCAUCCUUAGUCCCAUCCAAAUAGUUCCCGGGAGCAUCUCUGCCAGCGUCGCCUUAGAAACCAGCUUGGACAGAGGGGCGGAACUGGAUGAAGGUGUGGGGGAGGGGUACCAGGUUGCUUGUGUUUGGAGCUCAAUUGAUUUUGGGGAUUUUCCCCACGUCCCGAGUCUGGGAUCAUUUCUCUGUACUUCACAUCCCCUCAAAAAUCAGAGUAGGCGUUGCUCUCUCCCCAGAAGAGAGCGCAGUUUGCUAGGGGUGGUGUUGGGGGGGAGGGGGCUCCACCUUGGAGGGGACGGAGAGGGAAGGGAGGCGCUAAGGGAGGGGAAAGGGGCGGAGGAAGGAGCCGCAUUCUGAGCCCAAGCAAGGGUUGGGACCACUGCCGCCCCCGCCUUCCAGCCACAGUCUUCGCCGCGGCAAAACCUACUCUAGAACGGGGGGCGGAUACGUAGGCCAGGACCACUGCACUCUGUGCUCUGCCGGGAAGUGGCCGUGAGCCUCUGAAGAACCGAGGAUUCAGCACCUGGACAGUGGUGGCGCCUGGUAGGGAGGUGGGCCGCAGCCCGAACCGGGGAGGUGGUGCUUUGGCCUGGAUCAGGACUCAACUGUGUGAAGAAUCCCAAGGAGAAGUGGUGCUGGAUGCCAGACAGCUGGAAGCCCACAGAGAAGCUCUAGGGCAGGGUGGGGAUCCCACCCAGAUCUCAUCUCAUUCUCAGCCCCAGGUAGAUAGAGGCAGAUUUUCCCUUAGGACAAGAAACCUUUGCAUCCCGUCCCUGUUCCUGAAGAAGAGGUCUCCUUCCUAGCCUCUGGGGUGUGAAGGAACUUUUGCCCUUUUGGGCUGGAUGAAGAGCCUGGAUUAAACUUCCUCUGGAUCAUGGCUGAGGUGUAGAGUGCUGGAGACGUCCUUUAGCUCUGGCUUCCCUUGGGUUCUUUGUGAUUAGGAGGCUGGCCACGGGUCCUGGGGCCUCAGGUUAAGAGUUCAAGCUCUUGAGAUACAGAAACCUGACUCCAAGCUCCAGAAGGGACUUGAAGGGUUUACUUCAGGUUUUAAGGGCUUACAAAGGCAACUUCUGACUCUAGACGCUGUGCUCCUGGCCCUCAAAUGUGAGGUUCUCAGAGGAAGGGAGGGAGGCCAGGGGAGGGGAGGCUAGAAGGCGUCUGAGGCUCACCAUGGUGCUUCCACCACCAGACAAGCGCCACGUGUGCCUGACCACAGUGGUGAUCAUGAGUAGCAUGGCCUUCAUGGAUGCCUACCUCGUGGAGCAGAGCCAGGGGCCCCGGAAGAUUGGUGUGUGCAUCAUUGUGCUGGUGGGGGACGUGUGCUUCCUGCUGGUCCUGCGCUAUGUUGCUGUGUGGGUCGGGGCCGAGGUGCGUACUGCGAAGCGCGGCUACGCCAUGAUCCUCUGGUUCCUCUAUAUCUUUGUGCUACAGAUUAAGCUCUACUUCAUUUUCCAGAACUACAAGGCCGCCAGGCGUGGCGCGGCUGAUCCUGUGGCGCGCAAGGCACUGACGCUCCUGUUGUCGGUGUGUGUGCCGGGCCUGUUCCUCCUGCUCGUGGCCCUGGACAGCAUGGAGUAUGUUCGCACUUUCCGCAAAAAGGAGGAUCUGCGCGGCCGCCUCUUCUGGGUGGCCCUGGACUUGCUUGACCUGCUGGACAUUCAGGCAAACCUUUGGGAGCCUCCGCGCACAGGGCUGCCUCUCUGGGCUGAGGGCCUUAUGUUUUUCUACUGCUACAUGUUGCUUCUCAUCCUGCCUUGUGUGUCCCUCAGUGAGAUCAGCAUGCAGGGGGAGCACAUUUCCCCUCAGAAGAUGAUGCUCUACCCUGUGCUCAGUCUGGUCACUGUCAAUGUGGUCACCGUCCUGGUGCGUGCAGCCAAUAUGGUGCUCUUCCAUGACAGUCGUGUCUCAACUAUCUUCAUUGGCAAGAACGUGGUGGCACUGGCUACCAAGACCUGUACCUUCCUUGAGUACCGACGCCAGGUGCGCGACUUCCCGCCCCCUCAUGGGGCACUUGCCCUGGAAUUGCAACCACCUCAACCCCCCCCACCCCAACUGCUGCAUAACUCAGUGCCUCAUGCACCCCCCAUUCAUAGCGGCCCUGGCGCCCCCCAUGGGCCUUCCCCUACACGGGACACAUUGGACACGUGACAGGCACUGCCUACUGUGGCCCCUGCUCCUGUGGAUGAAGCUUGGGCACAUGAAUCUAUGGAGGGACUGGUGGGUGGGCAAGGAGCACAUGUGGUUUGCAUGGGACAGUACGGCCAGAGCCAGAAAGGGAGGAGCUCCCACCUUCCCUACACUCAGGCUCAGCCUGGGAUCCCCGAGGCCUCUUCAUCUCAGGAAUAAUCUGGGGUGUCCCUGAAAACCAAAUGGAUCCUCCAAUCCCUGGACCACCCUUCCUGGGCCAGAGAACUUUCCAGGCCCUUUUAAGGAGUGUCAGGGCUACCUAAUCCAGGCCAGGCCAAGUGAGCUGUAGCCCUGGGAAUGAAUCCUCCCUUUGCUGGGUAGAGAGGGCCAAAGGAGGAUAAGAGUGCUUCCCAUGUUCCUUCAAUUUAGGCCUGUGGAUCUGUCAUUUUAAAGACUCCUUUACAAUUUCCUAUUCAAAGACUGGACCUUCAGAGUCAGCAUUGAGUGAUUUUAGACCCCAGUAUUUUGGGGACUUAGAGACAGGCUCAUAGUAUGUGAGAUGCAUGUGACAGAUUGACUCUAUGGGCUGGGAGUGAUACAGAUGCACCUUCCUAUUUCUUUAGGAUUUCCAAAUCUGUCUACUUCAGGUCAUUAGCACUUCCCUGGGAGAUGUUUGUGACUUACUGAGAUACCCCACAUACCCUACACUUAUCUUCUGCCCCACCCCCCAAAGGCCCUCAGCAUAUAGGGUACCCAUCUGCUGUGGACCUUUCCUGAGUUCGUUCUCAAAUAUAAAAAUUUCAUGGUCCCCGAAUUCAGUUUUUCCCUUGAAAUAACUAAUGUCUAGUCACUAGGAUGCUAUAGUCUUCAUUCCUGUUCCCACCUCUGACCUAUUUGAAGAGCUCCAAACCAGGAAUUUCAGAAGAGAUCCCCUUAACAGUCUCCUUUACUGAAUGACUCCCGAGCAUUUAACCCUGAUCCCGUCUCAGACAGAACCCCAACGUUGGUUAUUGGUUAUUUGCUUAUUGAUCAGUUUCUUUCUUUGCUCCUGAGUGAACCAGACUAUAGACUGAGCAACUCAGGCUUGUCCCUUUUUUCUUACCUGCUUCAGGGCCUGAAUCAAGGGAUGCCUUUCCCCCACCGUGAUCUGCUUUAGUGAAGGGACAUAAGGGAGCAAGAGUCUGACACUGCAGGCCACUAGUCUUGAGAAGGUCCAGUGAAAUCCCUAAGCUGUUAGUAAGAAGGAUGUUGGAGUCUCUAAGCCCAUGUCUUGCCCCUUCCUGUCUUCCUUUCCCCUUCCCUUCAACCUAAAAGUGCACGGAUCUUAUGGGCUGCGAUGGGAUAGAAUAAUCAGAAUUCACCCUGGACAGAGUCUAGGAGCCCCCUUUUAUGACUAGCUUCUCUCCUUGUGGACAUUUUGUGCUGGAGGUUUGGGGUUUUGCUUUGGUUUCCUUUUCUGUUCUCUGAGAUUUGUGAACAAUGCCUGUCUCGGAGAAAGUGUGUGUGUGUGUGUGUGUGUGUGUGUGUGUGACAGAGAGAGAGAGAGAGACAGUCAGACAGAGACAGAGACACAGAGACUGAUAGAGACACAGAAAGGGAAUCCUAGUAUAGUCCAGUAUAGAUCUACUCCAACAUGUACUCAGAUAGGAACUCUUAAAACAACCCAGACAAGUGGUCAUCCACACUUGCUUAAAGAUCUUUAGCAGUGGGAGUUACUAUCCCCCAAAGCAGCCAAUUCCCUUUGUCUAUAUUUCUGAUUAUUAGGAAUUUUUCUUUAUGUGGAAACUAUAUGUUUCUUUCUCCCUAACUUCUCCUCUUUAUUCGUAUUUCUGUGUUUUGGAGCCAAGCAGAACCACUAAUCCUUUUUCCAUGUGAGCCUUCAGUCAUUUGUAAACAGCUAGCCAGGUUCCUUUCUCACUCUUCCCUCUACCAGUCUUCUCUUCUGAGAUAAACUUUCCCAGUUCCUUCAGCUGACCCUUCCUGGCAUGGUGCCCAUUUCCCUCACCAUUCUAAUCCCUCUUCUCUGAAUCCAUGCUAGCUUAUCAACAUAUUUUUUAGAAUGUUGCCCCUAGAACUCAACACCGUACUCAAGAUGUGGUCUGCCCAGGGCAGAGGGCAGGGGAACUAUCAUCUUUCUCCUUCUGGGUAAUGGGUCAGUGCUCUGAGAUGGCCCUUUCCCACAGAAUAGGACAGCCCCUGUUUUGCUAGGAGCGCACAGGUCCUGGGGAUAUAUAUACUCUUGCAGAGCAAGGAUGGCCUAUAGUAUCCUGAUCCCUGGCGACCUAGGGAAGCUCCUGGAAGUUUUUCAAGCACUCAACCUCCCAACACACACACAUACCACCUAUGUCCUCUCCUGGGCCCCUGACCUCACUUUGUGGCUCUUCCCUGGAGAGAGGCCUGUUGCAGCCAGAAGAUCCAGUUAUAUCUCAAGGUAGACACUAGAGGGCUCACCGUUCACUGGAUAGAGAUGACCCAGAGGAAGAUUUUUUUCCCCCUGUUGUUACUGUCUAGCAAGUAGUCUCACUGGGCAUAUAUCUCUAGGGCACAAUCUACAUGGAUGCUUGAGUGGUCGAUGAGAGAUAAUAAUCUGAAGUUGGGAAGAGGUCUUGUACCCAAACUCUUGAUAUGAAAAGCCUGGUUAGAGGAAGGAAUGGAGUCAGAGGACUUUUGGGGUUCUAAUCCAACCAUCAAAAAGCAUUUGUUGGGGGCAGCUAGGUGGCUUAGUGGAUUAAGAGCCAGGCUUAGAGACAAGAGGUCUUGGGUUAAAAUCUAGCCUUAGACAUUUUCUAGGCAAGUCACUUAACCCCCACUGUCUAGCUCUUACUCCUCUUCACCCUUGAACCAAUACACAGUAUUAAUUCUAAGAUGGAAGGUAAGGGUUAAAAAAGGCAUUUAUUAAGGAUUCAAUCCGUGAACUAGUGUUGGUUUUAUCAUCUCUGUAAUAAGGUAGUUUUAUUAGAUGAUCCACAAGGUGUGUAAGUCCCAUCCUAGAUGUCUCACCAAGCUAUCACUUCACCCUGACCCCAAAGUGACUUACUCUUACUGAUCUUACGCCCUAGCAGUCUCUAUUUCACCCUGAGCCUUAGAUAGAAGAUGGAGAUGUCUCAAGAAUUGACCUAUCCAGGCCACUUGUGAAAUGUGAAAUGCUCUGCCCUCCCAGGAUUGUGGGUCUUCUUCCCAGUGUCCCUCCCACUAGUCCUUAAAUAUGUUCCCUCUUCACCUUACGUCCCCUUCCAGGUCCCUGGCCAGGCCCAGACUAACCUUUCCAGUCUCCCAAUGGGAAGGAGUAAAAACAAAAUUUUACAAGGCAGUUUAAAGGAGACCAAUAAAGCCCCCACGUCCUGGAA